UCAUAUCCGUAUACAUCCAUGGAGCCACAUGUGUACGGAUUCUCUUUUUCUUAAUCGGUAUAUUUUUGUUAUUCUUUUUAUUUUUGUCUUCCUAAUAUUUGACAAAAAGCUGCUAGCAUAUUAGCAUCUGCUCCGUUUUUUAACGUGGUAUUUUGAACAAGUUUAGUGAGUCGAAUGUAAACAGUGCGCUGCUGCUAUGAAAGGCAAACGGAAGGGAAAGCAGAAGGGCAACGCCGUGUUGCAGAAGUACAUGGUGGCGGUGGGCGAGUUCGUCAAGAACAAAAGUGGCGCCGAGGGAGCAGAGGAUGACGCCGGUUUGAGGUCGGUCAAACGGAAAAGCAGAAAGGAACUCCGCAAGGAGAAGCGAAAAUUGAAGAAAAUCCGAAUGAAAAGUCACUACGAAGGUAAAAAGAAAAAUCUGCCCAGCGGCGAUGGUGAACAGGCUGUAAUACCUAAAAAACAGAAGGCAACAGGUGGCAACAAGAAGGACGAGGUAAAAAAAGUGCCAAAAACUAAUACAAAGAAACAAGAAAAGCCCAAAGUGGCACCGACGAAAACCAACAGGUACCAAGAGUCGAGGAAAAAGGCGCUUUUAGAGGCCAAUGAACAAGAGGACCGAGAAAUAAAGAAACUAGAGCGCUACUUGAAAUUAAACAAGAGGAAAAACAAGAAAAGCAUACCUCAGUCAUUUGUGGCUGAUGGACUGGACUAUAUCCUGGGUGCUCUUGACACCGGCACUUUGACCACGGGAAUGUACGACAGCGAUGACAACAUGGACCUGGCCAAGGACAACUUUAAACAGCUGGAGGUGGACGACUUAGAGGAGGACGAAAAGGACCUCGCAAGUGAUGGCGAAGAUUUAACUGAUGAUGAGGGUGAAGUAGUGGAGGAGGAGGAGGAGGAUGAAUUACCAAGUGAAGAUGAUGAAUCGAUGGAUGCCGAACUGGAGGACGAGAAUGACAUAAAUGAGAAUGAGGAAAGCGAAGAAGUUACAGAGCACGUUCCCACCCCUGCGGCGGGCAAGUAUGUGCCUCCUCACAUGCGCGAUGCUGGUGGCGAACAACGCAAAGCUGAGUUGGAGAAACUGAAGAAGAAUGUGAAGGGCCUCGUCAACAGGCUGAGCGAGCCCAACAUGUCGUCCAUCGGCGGUCAGCUGGAGGCCCUCUACAUGAGCCGCAGCAGGAAGGACAUGAACGAGACCCUGACAGAGGUGCUGCUGGCCGCCUGCGUCACGCCGGCACUGAUGCCCAACCGGCUGCUGAUGGAGCACGUCCUCCUGGUCAGCAUCCUCCAUCACACCGUGGGCUUGGAGGUAAUGAUGAAACGUUCUUCUUGUCCUAUGAUUGUUAAAUUCCACACUGGAUGGAUGGGCAGGCAUUCCAGAGACAAAAUUAUUGAUACAAUUACAUCUGAACUGGUUUGCUCCUUUUUAAAAGUGGUGGACACUCAGCUGAAAUCUUUUUCGGCUGAAUAUAACGUCAUGGAGGUUUUCCAGUUAGGUUUUAAGAUGAGACGUAGUUUUUAAUGACAACCUCUUGGC